ACACGCGCAGAAGCAGUGUCAUAUCAGCAACGGUGUUUCCGGGUCGUAGUCAUUCACUUUUCCAAAAGUAAACAUCUCUACACAUUGGACACCUAGAACACUAAUUUCUCAAUGUCCAAAGUAACCAUUUCACUCAUUUUAAAGAGAGAUUUGCAUAUAUACAGUAACAUUCUGUUUCACUUCCGCCGAAAUUAUCUACCUACCUUCCGAGGAUUCACCCUCAUUCGAAAUUUAUCUGAGAAGCACCAAAUGCCAAAGAAAGACAAAACGUGUAAAGGUUCACAGAAUAAGAAGUCGGAAACAUGCGUGUCCCCAUCAGGUCCUGUGGCUUGUAACAAGAGGGGAGAUGUUACAAUUUCAGUGCACGCGAAGCCUGGCUCUAAACAGAACGCGAUUACAGAUGUGAGUGCUGAAGCUGUAGGUGUUGCCAUUGCUGCACCACCAACAGAUGGGGAAGCCAAUUCUGAACUGGUCCGGUACCUCUCUAAGGUUCUGGACGUGAAGAAAAGUGAAGUAACUUUGGAUAAGGGCUCUAGAUCCAGAGAGAAGGUGAUCAAGCUGUCAGGAUCCCUAACCCCAGAAGAAGUGCUGGAAAGGUUAAAGAAGGAGGCAACUGGAUAACCAUAACCUUAUGGUCUCUAAAGGGUGAAGUGUUCUACCUAGAUUAUAAUGGUACUGUCUUCGCAUUCAUGUUGCACAGGCUCUGCAGCCCCCCCAUCACCACCACCACAAUAUAAUAAGUACAACAUACAACAUUUUGUUUUCAUCACUGUCUCAAAUAUUUGGUUACACACACAACAGUCUGUAAAACCUUCUACAGAAAAAUAAUUAUUGUUUUGUGUCAUAAACAAAAACACAGCAACAGACUUCUUUACUUUCUCCAUUUAUUUCAUUUGCUUACACAGCCACACUGCAAAAUGUAGAAGUUUUUACUGAACAUGCAGUAACUACCACUAAUGCAAUGGUUCUAAAGAUAUAUUUAGGUCUACCUUUUUUAUGAUAUGUGUAAAUGUGCAGACUGCACCUUCAAAUGGCCUUAAACAACCUGUCAGUAGUGUUCCUAAUAAGGAUAAGAACUUUAAAAAGCAGUCCAAAACUUUGCCAAUUGACUUAAAUGACCUGCUAGACUACUUCAAAGGAUUCAUAUUAAUGCCUGAUACCAAGACCCCUGGCUGUGAAAAGUGAUUAUACAUUUUUUUUAUUCCCUGUGCUGUCAGCUGUUGUGGUGGUUUGAUGAGAGCCUGAUGGGGUGUUCACUAAACUAAUGCAGCCAGUGAAGAGGAAGAUGUGCGUCAGCAUUAAGCCAAGGCAUGGCAUGCUUUGCCCUGGCUGAAGGAAACAGAAAAUGAAGGGUGACUCAUGCCUGGUGGGGGAAAGGAGAGCUCAGUGAGAGGCAGAAAGAUGGACUAAGGGUCUGGGACGAAUUCUCAGAUCUCGCUAGGCUUGAGAGGUUUCAACGUUUGCUGAAACUAAUGUGAAGCGCUGCCAGGGUACAAUAAUAUAUCUUUGAAGACUGAAGGAUUUGAUUGGUUAUCAAAAACAAGGCAAUCCAAGGCACUUCACAUUGUUUUUAUGCAUUUAUUGUUAUGGCAUGUUUAGUAUAACAGUUGCUUAAAAUAUCUGUGAUCCACAAUUAAUAAAAAUGCUCCCCAAAAAGGCUUUUUCUUUCUAACUAUAC